AUGCCGCAGGCCGUCCUGAGGACGGCGACGACAGCGGCGUCCCUCUCGGAGACCUUGAACAUCACCAUUCCCGGAAGUGUCAAUGAGACCACCUACCUCUUCAUGUACUUCGCGGAGCUCCGGCGGCUGAAGACCAACGAGACCAGGGAGUUCAUCAUCUACGCCGGCGACGGCCUGUUCUACGGCCCGUACACACCGCGCUUCCUGAAGACGGAGGUUAUCCGCACGCUCCCACCGGGCCGGGCGGGGGGGCUGACCUACUACCUUCAGGCCACGGGAAACUCCACUCUGCCCCCCAUGAUCAACGCCCUCGAGGCGUUCACCGUGCGACGGCUAACCUUGAUGCCGACCAACGUUAGUGAAGGUGAGCACGUCUGUCUUCUUCCCUCAGGAACAUCCUCAGCCCAAACAGCUAUCUUCAAGCUUCCAUAGAUCCCAGUUUCAUUCCUGUCAUCCCUCAUAUAUUAUGAUACACUCCGAUUACAAUCGCCAUGGGAGGAGUAAGCAAAGGGAGCACAAUCAUGUCUGCUGUAUGGAACUGCAACUAUAUCAGUUUCUGCAUUCUUACGUACUCCUGCUCACCCGCCUGAAUGACAGUGGAGGCCAUCACAAAAAUCAAGGCCUUGUAUCAAGUGAAAAGAAACUGGGAGGGCGAUCCGUGUGUUCCGCAGCAAUUCACCUGGGAGGGUCUGGAAUGCAGCGUCAAUGCCUCUAAUCACUCGAGGAUAACCUCUCUGUGAGUUCUGACAGUAUGGCCGACUGAAAUUUUUUCUAAGCCACCAGGCUUGAGAUAACACGGCACCAAAGACUGAAAUUAUCUUGGCUUGCAGAAACCUGUCUCACAGCGGAUUGGGCGGCGGAAUUCCUCCUUUUAUAGCAAACCUCACAAACUUAAUAUCCUUGUAAGUUCGUCUAAAAUUCUUGGAUGUGCUUUACCUAUCCCGUUUUGACGAAUGCACUAUGGAACACCAAAAGAAGGCAAUUUUAACUAAUUUCAUGGAUCGUUUUAGAUCAAAAAUCUUUCAUGAUCAAUUAUUUAUGAUUAUUUUUUCAUGGAAAAAUUGAAGUUUGUGUUUCUCUGAUGUUGCUGAGAAUAGAAAGUCGCUCUCAAAGCUUUCAAUCAAGAAAUCAGACAAUUUUAUACUUUACAGUCAUCUCCUCCUUUCAGGGAUCUAUCAUGUAACAACUUUACAGGUGAAAUACCAACUUACAUAGAUAAACUACAAGCUCUCAAAGUCCUGUAAGUUUUGAAAUUUUGAACUCUCCAGUUUGGUUCUACAUCCAGGGAGUAUCUGAUGGUUCAAUGUUCCCUGUUUGCAGAAACUUGGAAAACAAUGAUUUGAAUGGGACUAUUCCGAAAACUCUAUACAAAAGAUCACAAGAUGGAUCACUACUAUUAAGGUUAGCUUCGCAUUUAUAA